AAUGUACAACAUAACCCCUGAAUUUUUACAUAAAUAAUGUUUUGUCAAGGCAUUUAAACACGUGUAAAUUAAUAAAAUUCUAUCAAUUGCAAAGCUUUUUAUACAAUUUUAACAAUGGAAAGUGAAUUAGCACGAAAGAAGAAACAGAAAAAGCAACUGAAGCUCCUUAAGAAAAAUAAGCUUCAGAGCCCUCAACAUGAAGAACCAGAAUCGCCAGCUCAAAGUUUUAUUAAAUCCGGUAAAAAUGUUUUGAAACGGACAAUUAUUCCAGAAGACGGACCUCCAAAAAAAAAGAAAAAGAAGAAUAAAAAUAAAGUUAGUUUAUUAGAUUCUGACCUAGGCGACAGCAUAGAAACUUUAAACGACACCCCAAAAGUAAAAAAAGGUAAAAAGGUAAAGAAGAAUAAAGAUAAAACAGGCCCAAGUGAUACAGAAAACAAUGAUUCAGGAGAAGACAUUAAUGUAUCUACAGAUACGUUGAAUGAACAAUCACAAGACAAAGUACAAGGACCCAACAAAACCUUAGGCAUUUUAAGUAAUUGCACUUUCGACUCACUUAAAGAUAUAGUAUGUGAAAACACAUUAAAAGCCGUAGCAGACAUGGGAUUUAGUAAUUUAACUGGAAUUCAAGUCAAAAGUAUACCUCACUUACUCGAAGGAAAAGAUUUAGUUGGCUCAGCUAAAACUGGUUCAGGAAAAACUCUAGCCUUUCUUAUACCUGCUAUAGAAUUAAUAUACAAAUUAAAAUACAUGCCCAGAAAUGGAACUGGAGUUAUUAUAAUAUCACCCACUAGAGAAUUAUCAAUGCAAACGUUUGGAGUUUUGAAGGAAUUAAUGAAGUAUCAUUACCACACUUACGGGUUGGUUAUGGGUGGUGCUAGUAGAAAUACGGAAGCAGAGAAAUUAUCAAAAGGCAUAAAUAUUCUAGUUGCUACUCCAGGAAGAUUACUAGAUCACCUACAAAAUACUCCAGAUUUCCUGUACAAAAAUUUGCAAUGCUUAAUCAUUGACGAAGCAGACAGAAUACUGGAUAUAGGGUUUGAAGAGGAUUUAAAGCAAAUCAUCAAAAUUUUGCCUAAAAAACGACAAACCAUGUUAUUCAGUGCAACCCAAAGUGACAAAACCGAAGCUCUUACAAAAUUGGCCUUAAAAAAGGAACCUAUUUAUGUUGGAGUAGAUGAUACUAAGCUAGAAGCAACAGUAUCAGGUUUGGAACAGGGUUACAUUGUAUGCCCUUCCGAAAAACGUCUACUUGUACUGUUUACCUUUCUCAAAAAAAACAGUAAGAAGAAGAUUAUGGUUUUCUUCAGUUCGUGCAUGUCAGUCAAAUAUCACCAUGAACUAUUCAACUAUGUUGAUAUACCAGUCAAGUGCAUUCAUGGUAGACAGAAACAAAGUAAAAGAACAGAAACGUUCUUUGAGUUUUGUAAUGCAACGUCUGGAACUUUGCUCUGUACCGAUGUUGCUGCUAGAGGUUUGGAUAUACCAGAUGUCGACUGGAUUGUGCAGUACGAUCCUCCAGAUGAUCCCAAGGAGUAUAUUCAUAGAGUGGGAAGAACUGCUAGAGGAGAAGGGAGUAGCGGACAUGCAUUGCUUAUUUUAAGACCUGAAGAAUUGGGCUUUUUAAGGUAUCUGAAACAAGCUAAGGUCACUCUGAAUGAAUUUGUCUUCAGCUGGAAUAAAAUUGCAGAUAUUCAACUGCAGCUGGAGAAUCUUAUUAGUAAAAACUACUUUUUAAAUCUCUCAGCAAAAGAAGGUUUUAAAUCUUAUGUAAGAGCUUAUCAUUCCCAUCAUUUGAAAACCAUAUUCGAUAUAAGUACUUUAGAUGUGGCAAAAGUAGCAGUGUCUUUUGGAUUUAAAACACCUCCAGCUGUAGAUCUAAGUUUUUCUGCAGGCAAAAGACCUGAGAAAAGGAAAGGCGGUGGUGGUUUUGGAUUUUACAAAAACAUGAACUCCAUGUCUGAGAAAGAAGCGAGAAAAAAUGUGAUUUACAGACAGCCCAAAAAGAAAAAUGGGCCGUUUGAUAAAAAAUUUACUAGAUAGUUUUUUUUAUAUUAUCCACAUGUUAAAUAAAUAAGUUAUAAAAUA